AUGGGGCUCACCGUUCCCACUGCCACCGCAACGGUUGAAAGCCUUGUCGUGCUAUCCGUCCUGAUGGUUGUUGGUACGGCCAUUUAUAGGCUAUACCUCCAUCCACUCGCCAAGUUUCCCGGCCCAAAGCUGGCAGCGCUGACGAGUUGGUACGAGUGCUACUAUGAUUUGGUAAAAGAUGGCCAGUUUCUGUGGGAGAUUGAACGGAUGCAUCGGGUAUACGGCCCCAUUGUGCGCAUCAAUCCACGCGAGAUCCACAUCAACGAUGCCAGUUUCUAUGAUGAGAUUUACGCCCCGGCCUCCAAGCGCCGCGACAAGGAUGAACUGUAUGUAUUAGUUGACGCAGCCCCUGGCUCGACCUUUUCCACGAUUCAGAGUGAUUUGCACCGCCGGCGGUCCGCAGCUAUUCUCCCGUUCCUGUCCAAAAAGGCAGUGCGCAACUUCGAGCCCGUCAUGCGAGGCAAGGUUGAGCGCCUGUGCUCCUAUCUGGCAGGCACGAUCGAGCGAAAGCGGCCGGUGGCUAUCUUAGACUUCGCCACGGGCCUGACUAUCGAGAUAAUCUCCAGCUACGCCUAUGGCGGCGACGGGUAUCCCUGUCUGGAUGGCGAUGAACUUGGGUCCCAGUGGAGACGAACGCUGACGGCGGCCGACGAAGAGACUGCCCUUCUCCGGCACUUCUACUGGAUCCAUGGCCUUGCAAAGUUCAUGCCUGGAAGCCUUAUCGCUCGUCUGAGGCCAGCACUGGCCCUUCUCAUCAGCUGGCAGGAGCAGAUAUCGAGGGAAACGCUCGCUAUCUGCGCGAAGUAUCGAGAUGGUAUCCUCCACCCCGGGACCAUCUUCUACGCGCUUCUGGACAGCGAUCUGCCCCCUGAAGAGAAGCAGCCUUGGAGGUUGAGCAGCGAGGCCCAAAACCUGCUCCAUGCGGGAAGUGAGACUUCGUCCAAGGUCCACUUGAAGACGCUGGAGAUUUGCCUAUUUUACCUGCUACAUGACAGGACCAAACUCGAGGCCCUGAGGAAGGAACUGCGAACAGUCAUGCCGAAGCCGACGACAAUUCCCGCAUGGAGUGAACUCGAGGCACUCCCAUAUCUAUCUGCCGUCGUGCGUGAAGGCAUCCGGCUACAGCUCGGAACCACCACGCGAAGCCCUCGGGUCCUACCGGCCGAGAUUCUCGAGUAUAAAGACUGGAAGAUACCAGCAGGUACUCCAGUGAGCAUGAUCUCCUGGUUCAUUCACACCGACGAAAAUAUUUUCCCCGACGCGCUGGCCUUUCGCCCCGAGCGCUGGAUCAAAGCCGCCGAGGCGGGAGAUCGCUUGGAUCGCUACAUGACAUCGUUCUCGAGAGGAUCGAGGCAAUGCCCAGGCAUAAAGUAA